CCUAUAAGAGUUCUAUUCCUCUAAUAACCAACAAUUCGAUUUUUUUUAUUAAUUAAAGUAUUACCCGUUAUAUAUUUUAUUUAAUUUUUACUUAAAGUUACAUUUAACGUACCUACGUUAGCCACUAUAAGCAGUUGUUCCUAACCGGCCUCUCUUUUUAGUCUGUUGAAGAUAAUAAGAACUUGUAGCUUGUCAUGUAACUGAGAAACCUCAUUGUGAUAGGUCCUAUGUCCUGAAGACUUUCCCAUGUCAGAAAACUUAGUUACAGCCUUCUGACCCAUCAGAUUUGAGAAUUGAAAAGUGCUAUGCUCUGUUUAGGUGUUGUAACAGGUUGAGUGUUUUAAGGGGAGGGUAAUGAGGACAGGAGAGGAUGGCAGCUAACAAAAACAUUGAAAUGGUUUCACUUUACGUUCACCUCCAUAGUAGAUCAGGAGGCUUUCAGAGAAAUCUCGAUCUAGAAAUGACUGUAUCACCGAUGUAAGAGACGAAUAAUCCUGUUUAUCAGACUGAUUGAUUGUUAAAAACUUUUUGAAAAUUUCCAAUUUCCAAUUAAUCCAAUUAAUUUCAUAUCUGCACUCCAGGUGCAGUGUAAUAUGCCAUUUAAAAUCAUCCUUUUGAAAAUGUGACCUUUAAAGCAGUACGCCAAAAACUGAUAUGAGCUGUGCAGUUACCAUGCUGUUUAUUUUUCAUACAGUGUGAGUCACUAUUAUUGUGCUUCUGCCUCUUGCUCCAUCAUUUAUCAGUGCCAGAGUCUGUUGCUUAGCAACAAGAGAGUCAAGCCACAUCACCAAAUGUUACGUUUGAAAGUGGUCCAGCACAUGCUCGGCUAUUUCUGACCCACGCUGAGAAGGAUGACGGAGAGACGAGAGAGGAUGAUUAAUACGGGGCUGUGAUGCUGAUGAUGAUGAUAUGGAGACAGUGUUGCUAAGGGCAAAGAAAAGAUGGUUGAAAGGAAAAGGAAAUUUGGAGCACAACCUCUUGAGAAAAGGCAAAUAAACCCAGGCAGUCUCUGAGGUAGGAGGUUUUACGAUGGGAAAGUAAGACGGAUGGAGAGAAUGGAAACCGUUUGGACAAGAACAGAGAGUGGAUGGAGGAGGGAGAGGUAAUGCUACUGCCCAAUCAGGAGCAGAUGCCUCAUCGGCUGCAUCCAAUGGCAUCAGAGCUGGCUGCUUCAGUGCAGGGAAGCAGCUCUGCUGCUGUUAUUAAUGAAUGGAGCAUCUCUCUGCUAACAUCACACCACUCCUCAUCUCUCUCUCUCUCUCUCUCUCUCUCUAUCUGACAGUCACUCACUUCUCUCCAUCUUUGCAGAGGUGAAAACAACCUCAGAGGCUUCUCUACCUUUGGUACCGAGCAAAUAAUCAACACCUCUGACGCAAAAUGAAGCAGCAGCAGGAGGACGAGAGUGCUGAUGGCACUCCAUCCUGUACAGCUCCACCAUCUUCUUCUUCCUCAUCUGCCCUGGUUCCACCGCCAACCCGGAGAUCCAUCUCUAUGGGUGACUUCCGUCGCGCCCAGCCUGGUUCUGAGACGCCGUCUGCCCCCGCCACAGCACCGUCCUCCAAACUGGUGACCCCAAGCUCAAGCAUGGAGUUUGAGGCGGCUCGACGCCGCCUGCUGGAAGUCGAGGAACGGCGGCGUGUCAUCCAGGAAAUGGAGCGCCGCUUGGAAGAGCUGCGUGAGAUGUUCGUUCGCUCGGAACGUGAAGCGGCUGAGCACGGUGAGCUGGUUGCGCGAGUGGCGGCCACUGCUCAGCAGAGUGAACUUUACGUUUCCGAAAACUCUAAGCGGCUGAAGAAGGGGCUGCGCUUCAAACGGUAUCGGCCCACCAUCAUCUUCUCGUCCAUGCUGGGUCUCAGGACGUGUCUGCCAUGGCCCGUCAAACUCAAAUAGCAGCGGAUGAGAAGAACUUUCUCUCGGGUCUCAUAUAAGGGAAAUUAUUUCCGAAAGCCCUAAACAUUUUUUUAAGUUUUGUUCUUCACGUGAUAUCUGUUCUGAGGACAGAGAUGAGAACACUCAUGAGUCCUGCUGCUUUUAUGUGAGACUUGUGUAAUCUUCGCUGCCGUGUGAGACACCACACUACUGCUCAGAGAUCUUGUGUACUGUAUGUAUGGGAGAUGCUUCACUCUCUUUGUGUUGUGGAUGUGUGAAGAUAGCAGACUGUGUGUGUGUUGUUUUUUUUUUAAGUACGUCUUUGAUCUUGAACAGAGAGAGAGACUCAGAGGUGCUGUGAAACUUCACAUUAUGUGACAUUAAGAGACGGAGAGCUCUCAAAACUCUCUUUUUCUAUGAGAAACAAUUUGCCUACAGCCUCGAAUGGUGUAGGGUUGACGUCAGACCUGCGUCUUCAAGUCACAUAUUGCAUUAUUUGUGGCGGUUAUUAUGGAUGUAAAGUCCUCGAAUGGUGUAGAGUUGAUGUUAGACCUGCGUUUGUGGUGGUUGUUAUGGAUGCUGCUCUUCUCUCUUGGGUUCAGAGCUUGGUCACAGGGGAAUGAGCUAUCGUCACCUCACUCGUGGCCUCCUGUUAAGUCUCUGCUGGCGAGAAACUCUUCUACUUUCUGUUUGCUUCAGAAUGUAUGGUAAUACCAACAGAACCUCUAGAUUAACAUCGACUAAUAGUCUUUCAUGUUGCUGCUUUAUCUUAGGCUGGGUUUCUAGAAGGUUCUACUUUUAGUUAAUGACACAAGGACCUAUGUAAAGUUCAUAUAUCAUGUGGUGGUGUUUUUUUUUUUUUUUUUUUUUUUUUAAUGUCCGUAAGGGCAUGUUUAGUAUUUAAACGUUCAGGUAUAAGAUGAAAACACAGGUGCAAAAGAUCAUAACCGAUGUGGUGGUUUCCGGGUGCAUUUUUGGGUGUACGUAUACGUCGGCCGGUUCAACAGGGUCGAUAUGAAGUCACUCUAAGCACCAACGCUGCAUUUCUAACUCUAUCUGUUGUCUUCUGAGCAUUGUCUUUCAUUAUGAUCAACAUCAGAAAGUUGUUAGAGCCCAGUCCUGUACAUGGUCAGAAUGUGAUCUCUUUCUGUCUGUGUGCACAUUUUUCCUUGUGUACUUGUGAGGCGAAAAAAAAACUGUUUAUGAGGCUCAAGAGAAAGUCACCAGGGAUUUCUAUUCUUGGCAAGUGCAGGUUAGGAUAGGAAGAUUCUGUGUGUGUGUGUGUGUGUGAGAGAGAGAGAGAGAGAGAGAGAGCGCGAGUGUGUGUGUGUGUGUGUGUGAGUGAGUGUGUGUGUGUGUGUGUGAGAGAGAGAGAGAGAGAGAGUUUGUUUAUUGGAGUUGGAUUUAUGAGGUCUUUACAUUUUGAGAUGAUCUAUACUCCUCCAUGAGAGUCUCAUUUGUGUACUUUGAUUAGUAAAAACGCUUAAUAUUAAGCACGAACGCACAAUUUCGUUAGAGAUGCAAGAAUUUUAUUUUGCACUCGAUGGAGAAAAGAUGUAAACCAUUCAUUUGACUGUAGUUUUUAUCCAGAAGGAUGCUCCGAGUGUAUUUUUUCCCCCUCACGUUUGCAUGAACUGGGUUAGUACACACAAGAACAUUACGAAGUAUUCCGUUUUCGGGAUUGUGAAAGUAUUUAAAUUAAAAUAACGUUAUAUCGUUAUAAGAACACUAGCAUUAUAAGCAAGUCGGGAAGCAGCGAGCAGCUGACAGGAUUUCCAGAACCUUCGGCUUCAAACUCGCGCAACGUAGGGCACGCGCGCACCCUUGACCCCGCCUCCGCUGUCUCUGCGCUGUCACGCAUGCGCAGUGCCGAGCCCGCGUUGCUGCAGCGCUGAACCUACGUCACUCGGGUUGAUUGUUGAAGUGCUGAGGCUCAGCGCCAUGUUGGAUUUUAGAUCAAUUAUACUCAAAUACUGGUGGUUUUAGACACGUUAGAUGUAUUAUACGUACAGUAAAACACCAUUACAUCCAAUUAAUUAUAUCCACAUAUACUUUUUAAAAUAUUACUCCAUUUUAACAAACACACAAACUGUUUGAAUACUGCUUAAUCACAAAUAUUAAUAACAAUACUCAUUUGGCACUGGACAUGAUUUUGGACUUGGACAGCUGUGUAUGGAAUUUAUAAGGGCUUUUCUCCCCAUCGUUGUGCUCAGCGCUUUAAAGCCCUUUCUACAGUAUGUUUGCUCAACUUUCUCAUACUGGUUAAUUUUUCAACAAAGGGCUACUUAUCACCUGAAAAAAUAUUAAUGCCAACAUUUCCCCAGUUAUGUGCAAGUAUAUGAUAAAAUAGGUUAAUAAUCCACUUCCUGCUACUCCAUAAUUGUAACAAAACAUGAAUCUCCAUCAUUUGUAGAGGUUUAAAAUAUGUACUGUACACAUCUCUGUAAUAUACACUAUAUGGCCAAAGGUUUGUAGACACCUGACUAUCACACCCACAUGUGGGCCUUCCCACAUAUCUUGGAAGCACACAGUUGUCUAGGUGUCUUUGUGUACUGUAGUAUUACAAUUUCCCUUCACUGGAACUAAGAGGCCCAAACUUGUUCCAGCAUGACAAUACCCGUGUGAGGUCCAUGAAGACAUGGCUUGCCAUGUUUGGAGUGGAAGUCCUGCACAGAGCCCUGACCUCAACCCAACUGAACACCUUUGGGAUGAACUGGAACACCGACUGAACCCCAGACCUCCUCACCCAACAUCACUGCCUGAUCUCUCUAAUGCUCUUGUGGCUAAAUGGGCAAAUCCCAACAGCCAUGCUCCAAAAUCUAGUGGAAAGCCUUCCCAGAAGAGUGGAGGUCAUUAUAACAGCAAA